AUGAAAGGGGACGUGUUGCCUUUGGAGUCAAUCACGUCAAAGGCUGAAUCCAUUGUCUCCACUUCCGGCGAGCCACAGACUUACCCCUUACUGCAAGGGGAGGGAGCUACGUCCAAACGCAAAGUCCCGUUGGUGCAGAGCGACUUGUUCUUUUGUAGGGACGCAGUGGAUGUUCCAAAGCUGCUGAGGGGGUCGAGAGCAAGCUUGCUUGAAAGAGCAGAGAGCAUGGGUGCAAAUGUUUUGGUAGAUGAAAGCUGGGAGUGUUCUAUACGUGUCCCUAGGGAUAGACGACAAGGAUCUUUCAAAGUCCAGGUCCGCUACUGCGCUUCCGCUUCGCGGUCGUCCAUCCCAGAUCCUCAAAAACCAGUGGCCUUGGACAGAGUCCAGAAUGUGUCAGGACUUAUGACUAUCCUGGACCGCGAAGAACUGUCUCCAUAAACGCGCAACGUCUUGACACCUAUGAUAAUCGUCUACGCACUCCAUUUUUGCAAACAUUCUCGCUAUUGUAGCCGCAACACCAUAAUCACAUAUGCAUUGUACUCUAGCAACCACAAGUCUGAUACUGUAUCCAUUUCAUUUAUCUCUAUUCCUCACUCUUUCAUCAUGUUUCCUCGAAGACACCACGACUUUUAUAUCUAGUUAACUUAUUCAAUUUAUUCAAAUCCACGGCAGUGAUACAAUUGGCAUGUUUGCCACUCCAUACACGGCACAAUUGU